AUGAUUGCAAAAGAGUGCAAGCCGAUAACAAGAGAAGCUUCAAUUAAACCUUCUAUUGAAAAUGUCAUCCCGUAUAAUGAGUACAAGAAGACUCAACCUAGGAUACUUGGUGUCCCGCAGGUUAUACAAGGUACUAAUGAUGACGAUAUGAUUGUAUUGUAUGGGGGAGGUCGAGAUUUUAUUUUAAGUUUACUCGAUAAUGAAAUUAAUAGUAAUAAGGAAAAUGGAAUCAAUAGCAUUAAUGUCGAAUUAUUUAUUCUGAAUAAAUGUAUAUUAAUGUGGUUUAAAGACUUAGGUCGUGGGAUAGAAAUCAGUUAUAACAGUGUAAUAUAUCAUGGUUCAAACAGAAUUCAAGGUGAAGAUAGUAGAGAUGGACACAGAUAUGAAUUAGUUGUAACAGUAGAGAGAGAUUUAAUACUGAAUGAAUUAUUUCCAGUUUAUGGAGAAGAACAUAGUGAUGCAUUGUCUAAAUUUAGUUUACGAAGUGUAGAGUUCAAAUUGAGGCCUCGCUAUUCAACUUAUGAUAGAUACUAUAAUGUGGAAAUAGAGACUUUAUUUACAUUUCAUAAUUUUGGGGUUAACAGAGGUGAUGAGAUGGUCAAAAAUUGCAAUGACGCAAUUGCUCUAUGUCUAGAGAUGAAUGAAAACCAGUUUAUAAGUAGUGAAGAAGAAGAUCUAGAUGUCGAGACAUCGGCUUAUGAUAAUGAACAAAAUACAAUGAAUCAAGAUAGUAAUUCUGCUGUAUAUACAGGAAUAAAUGAGGUGUAUAACACUUAUCAGAAUUCAGGCUAUGGAGAUGAUUUAGAUGGUAACAAUAUGAUAAUGGAUAAUAAGUUUAUGAAAAAUGGGGUUGAGGCAGGUAUGUCUAUGGAAUUUUAUAAUAAUGAAGCAAUUACUGGUCAAAAGAGACCUAUGAGUUAA